UCCGCUUCCUGCGGAGCGCCUGUAGAUGAGCAGUGUGUCAUAUGAUUCAACAGAUCGAUGCCGCCUGUACCUUUAGUGAACAUCCAGUUUUUGUUCCGAUGCGAUCGAUGAGGCUGGGAGUGGGAGCCUCUGUCCUUUCUGCCUUUUUAUUUUUUCGUGCAAUAUCUCACUUCCGGCGGACUAAAGAAAUAGAGGACAGCAUGUCGUCCGCUCUAUCCCGUCAUGUUAUCUGGCAGUCAGAGGGGCUGGUGGCCUACCUGAACCCCCAGCCCUGGACCCCGGGCUCCGUCAUCCUGGAGAGCAGCGCCCCAGGCGGCCCAGGAGGGAGCAUCUUCCACCUCAGCGAGUCAGAGUAUUUAAACUGGCUGCUGGGGGCGAGGACCGUAGCUGAGCUGCUGUGUGACAAGCUGGGGGUUCGGAGGUGUGCUCUGGUUAGCAGACCCCACAGAGACCGACCUGCUCAGAUCCGUGUCCUGCCACUUCAUGGUCUGGAUGCAGAGUGGCGCCCCCACCUGGCCGGAGAAGAGGAGCACAACGCUCAUGACCCGGGCUACUGCACCUCCAAGACGGCGCCUCGAUGGAGCGAUGCCAGCCUGACGGAUGUUCGGGACAAAAUCAGGGCGAAGCUGCCGCUCCCCAGCGCCCCGCCUGAUCACACGUUCCUCGGGGACGAUCCGGCUCACGCCGGCCUUUUCUCGCGCAUCGUUCGUGGAGAGGAGCAGCAGUGGCGCGUGUGGGAGGAUGAGCGUCACGUGGCCUUUCUCACGCCAUUCCCCAACUCCCCCGGCUUCACCGUGCUGGUUCCCCGCCGACCUUUGACCUCUGACAUAUUCAGACUACAGAAAGAAGAUUAUGAAGCUCUAGUGUUGGCUACCAGGAAGGUGUCGCUGCUCCUGGAGGAGGGACUCGGCGCCUGGGGGGUGGGGCUUAUUUUUGAAGGCUUUGAAAUCGACUACGCUCACACCAAGUUGAUCCCACUGCUUCCACCUUUAUUGUCGAGGGCAGAAAAUUAUGCCGUCAAAGCUCCGACCCCCCAGUUCCACCCCACUUACCCUGGUUUUGUCACUUCAGAGGACGGACCUGAGGCCAACUCAGACAGUUUGAGGGAGAUGCUCGUUAAAAUUACCGGAGUUUGACGUUGCUACGUGGAGUUUAGUUCAAACUGAAUCUUUGUUCACUUGGUAAUUAAUCAGCCUGCACAGCUUUGACAAAUCACAACAAGAUAUUAAGGAUAUUAAUGAUAUUAAAAUCAAACAAGUAAUCUGUUUAAAAUCUUAAGGAUUCUAACAUGUCGGUUAAUUUAUGCAUUCAUUAAAGAAUGUGAUCUUUACAAUGAAAGACUAAAAUGUUUGUGCAUUUCAAGUAAUUUUUUUAACAAUUGUUCUAUAAAGUCUGUAUAUUAUAUAUAGUGUUGCAAACACAAUACCCCCCAACCCCAACAAAAAACACCUUUUUAGAGAAGCUCAAAAAAAUAACAAAUUCUUAAAGUGACUAAACUAAAGGAUUGUUGUUUACAAUGCUACCUAUCAUUGGAUGAGAUAUGCAUUACGUUUGUUUAUGUAUUUAGUUAAUCCUCUUGCCUAAACCGGUCACUCAUUAAAUCCCUCCUAAUUGGUCCCACUGGGAAGUUCUUCUUAUGAAGCCAAAUUAAAUAAAUCCUAAGUGUCCAUUAAGUGUUUUCUAAAUCACACUCUGCUUUAGGCUGUCAUUAAAUUAAAACUGUUCAAAGUGUUCGUAACAAGCAGUAAAGAUCAACUAUUAACAGAUUUAAAAGAGAAUAAAUUUAAAAGCCAACUUGCACUGGUUGUUAGUUGUUUUAUUUUUUUACUUGCUAGCAGUAGGUUUAAUAGAAGACCUUCAAUAUUUAAAUUUUUUAUUUCAUGUUGUACAACUUUUUUUUUUUUGCCAAAGCAUAAAUUCAGAAAAGUAAAUGAUCAACCCAUGCAUUUUUUUUUUAGCUUAUAAAGAGAAAAUAAGACAAAUGCACUAAUCAAAACAUUCUUUACAUGAUUGGAGGUUAAUUCAGUUCUAAAUAUGCUUUAUAUGUCCAUUACAGAAAUGUCCCACUAUAUUUUAUUAAUUAGUUGAAUGUAUAAAGUUAGUUACCCACUUGUUAACAGAUGAAGAUGGAUGAAAGGAACCCACAGACUUUUGACCUUCACAGCAUUCAUGGACAACAGUUUGUAGUUGAUUUUACUUGUAUGGCACCAAGUCACACAUACAUCAUCUCAUCAUCUCAAGGCACUUCAGAGGUUUUCAGUCCAUGGAUCUUCAUCAGACCAAAUGCCAAUAAAUGCUGUGGAGAUCGAG